UAAAAAACAAAGUAGUUUUAUGCACUAUAGCAAAUGCGAGAAAAUAUAUUUCCUUUCAUUCUUUUUCCCACAAGCACAAAGCUGCCAUCCAUCGUUAAAAAAUGUGUUUUAUGAAAAAGAAAAACAGAAGCCAAAGUACAGAAAGUGCAAGAAAAAUAGAUAUCCCAAAUUAGUUGGCUGGUUCAUUUACAAUCCUUUUCAAUAUAUGUGUUAUAAUGCCUUCUUAAUAAUCUUUUUUAAUGAGAGUGUUCCUGUUGCGCAGUGCGAAAAACAUGGGUUACACACAACUGUGCACCAUGAAAAAUAUGCACGUAUGAAAUAUGGUUAAGAGUAGGGAUGGAGGGUCUCAUCUGUACGAUCAUUGCUCAAGGACUGCUAGAAAUUUAUUUGAACUAGUAGAUGUGAUGUUACGUAUUUCUCCCAUCAGAUUCUCAGUGUAAAGAAACGUUCAAAAAUAUGCAAGGCCCUUGUAUAAAUAUCCCAUUGUUACUGGCCUUGGUUGCUAUCCUCAUCGACAUAUGCACACGACGCACACCACAUUACCCAACAACAUGAGUUCUCAUCUUAAACACUUAAGAUUGCUAUACCAUCGUGCUGCCAACACCCUCAUCCUGCGAAUUGACAUUGCAACUACACUCGCAGGUGCCGUUCUCACAAAGAUUACACAAGGGGCUGUCUCUGCGCACCAGAUUGUGCCUCAAUCCAGUGCUAUAUGUCCCAUCCACCUAUUCCCCGUCGUCGUUCUUUUCAUCGUCACAGCAACAUUCUACCUUGCACUCCGUCCUAGAACUGUACACCUCAUUGACUAUGCUUGCUUUGUGGCGAGCUCCAAGUUUAGAUACCCAAAGGCAACCUUGCAUGAGCAUGCACAUCUCUCACCUUUGCUAGAUGAUUCUACUAUCAACUUCAUAGCUACUAUUCUGGAGCGCUCAGGCAUGAGCGACCAGACAUAUGUACCACCUAUACUUUUCUAUAUAGAGCCAUAUUGUGGGCUUGAUGAAGCACGCGCGGACGCAGAGUUAGUCGUGUUCCCAGUGAUUGAUGACCUUUUUGCCAAGACAUGCAUCCACCGUGAUGCGAUCCGUGUUCUUAUCACCAACUGCAGUGGAUUUUGCCCGGUACCAUCCAACGCUGACAUGAUUGUGAACAGAUACAAGUUGCGAGGUGAUAUCCGCCUCAUGAACCUUUCAGGGAUGGCGUGUACUGCGUCAGUGACUGCGGUGGGGAUUGCGAGCAACAUGCUGCAGGUCAUGCCUUGGGGGUCAUACGCAUUGGUGGUAUCUACGGAGAUCAUUGGGCCAUUAUACUAUGCAGGAAAUAUGCGUUCCAUGCAGUUGUCUAACAUAUUGUUUCGUAUGGGCGGUGCCGCCAAGCUCUUGUCGACUUCUAGGACCAAGGCUCGAUUCCGGCUUGAGCAUUUGGCCCAGACAAUCACUGCAGCAAAUGAUGCUGCCUACCGGUGUGUAUAUCAAGAGGAAGAUGAGAAGGGAAACUUUGGGACUGCUUUUUCUAAAGACCUUAUAGGUGUCGCAAGAGAUGCACUGAAGGCAAAUAUCACGGUAACCGGGCCUCUUGUCCUACCGGGGUCAGAGCUUCUCAGAGUUUUGCUCCAUCGCAUGGCGAAAAAGGUGCUUAGCUCAAGGAGGGCGAGACAAUACAUCCCCAGCUUUUGUCUUGCAUUUGAGCAUUUCUGCAUCCAUGUUGGUGGACCAGCGGUUAUCACCUCAGUACAACAUGGCCUCAAUCUAUCAGACAAGCAUGUUGAGGCAUCACGAAUGACACUACAUCGAUUUGGAAACCAGUUGAGUGCAUCGGUGUGGUAUGAGUUGGCAUACAUCGAAGCUAAAUGCUGGAUGAACAAAGGCAACAGGGUGUGGAUGAUUGGGUUCGGUGCAGGGUACGAAUGCAACACUGUUGGGUGGAUCUGUAUACAACCAUCUUCUAGUGCAGAUGGACCCUGGGCUAGCUGCAUCCAUCGUUACCCAGUGGAUUUCUCCAACAAUGUUUAAACUAAGAGGUUAAUCACAUCGACAUCUACUACUACUGUUGCUGCUGCUACUACUACUACUACGUCGACAUCUAGAAGAGCACAUAGUAUGAUAAUCCAAUAAAAAGACACGACUUCUCAACUCCAUUGCCCAAAAGCCAAUGGUCUUGUUUAGAGAGGGCAGAAUAGUCAAAUGUUGGGCACUUUAGAGAUUAUCCAUGCGAAUGUUUUUCUCAAAGUCAUUGUAUCGGCUUUGCUAGUUAUAACUAAGUUGCUUGAGGACUUCAUGCGUCUAAUUCGAUUCCCAAAAAAGUGCAAUUUUA